ACCAAUACAAAAAAUUGUGCGUGGUUUGGUUUGGUUUUGAUCUGUAUUUCUUUUUCUGCAAUGUUUAUUACGAUUAAAAUCAAUUUUUUGUGUUGAUUAUUAGUGGCGACACACAAGUGUUGUAAUGUUUUAAAUAAGCAAUGUCAGGAAUGGCCAUACCUCCGUUCCCUUCACUGGAUCUUGCAAAGCUUGUCUUGGGAUACUUGGCUGAGGAACAGCUUAUGACAGCAUAUGAUGAAUUUCUCCAAGCAAGCCCUUAUUUAGAUGCUCUUCGUAAUGAGUAUGAUAGAAUUUUUAUGACAUCGCUCAAAAAUAUUCUGGCAGAAUAUAGAGCAGUCAAAAUAUUUGUGGAGACAUGUAAACCAUUUGCUUUGAGGAAGAAGUUGAUUCAAUGUACUAAUCUUCUGGAUGUGGUGAAAUUUCUCAUCAACCAUGUAGAUUUAAACAAGAUACAGUCACAGGACACCAGUAAUUCCAGAAAUAAUUCAGAGAAACCAACUUCUUCAAUUGAAUCAAGGUCGUGUGAAGUUUGUGUGUCAUCAAAAUUAACUGCCUGUGUAUGCAAGAAUCGACUGUCAGUGCACGCACCCACAGCCAGUUCUCACUCGACCAGCAACAGUGAACUCUCUGUUAGAGACAGUUCUAUUGAAACUACUGCUCUAUCUGAUCUGCCAGGUAAUCAUGGCUCAACAAGGAAAAGACAUGUUAAAACACUCGACAAAGAUUCUACAGUUUCAAAUUUUAGCUCUGGAAGUGGGCAACAAGAAACUGCUGUCAAACAAUCAUCUGCUAUACUCAGAAAUACAGCUGACAAUCAAACUUCUCACACUCUUACAAGUCAUGAACAUGAUUAUCAGAAUGCUAAUAUACCAUUAGUUAAGGCUCUGGAUGAGUCACAAGAGAAGAUAAAAGAGUUCAAUGAUAUUUUGAACCGUGUUUGUAAUAAAAAUAGUCACAUACAACAAGGAUGUGUUGAUCAAAGAGUGUCAAAUGCUGGCACUUUUCAAGAUUUUGCAACUGGAAUGAUUGGUGGUGAUAAUAGAAAUUAUGUACCUGAUUCAAGUACUUGCGAAAAUAUUAAUAUGCAAGUUCCCAUGACCAAAGAAAAACAUUGUAAAGACACACCUUUACUUGCGACUGCAAAAAAAAGUAGACGGCAUGUAAAAAAAUCUAUCGUUGUUGUUGCAAAACUAUCUGACAACUCAAUACAAUCAAACGAAGUUAUUGACGUCGAUGCAAUUGAAGAAGUUCCUAGAAGAAAACCUAAAUCUGAACAAAGCAAGAUUAAAAUAUUAUCUGAUGUCAAAGUUGGCAAUGAAACACUUAACAAUAAUUUAAAUGCAAUUCUACAAAACGCCACUUCUACGCCUAUGUUGAAAAUGCAAACGGUUAUGAUUAACGGUACACCAGUAUAUAACCCAGUUAUAAAUUCGAUUCCUCAUAAUUUCACUAAAGAUGAAAUAAUGGCGAUGCCUACGAUAAUCAUUACGCCAGUGUCAGGUCAACCUACAUCUGCAUUAGUUGGACAGCCACCACAAGUAAUGGCUCAAUCACAGACAAUUCAUAAAAUGCCAGAAUUCAUCCCAGUUUCGAGUAGUUACUCAGCACAGUCCAUAGAACCUUUAUUUAUUGAAGUUUCGUCAAAUAAUAGCGCCUGCACGAUGACACAGCCUGCUGGAAUCUUAAACAGUGUAGGGCAGAUUAAUCAGGCCCAACAAGGGCUUAUUACUAGUGUUCCCUCUACUAAUAUUACCAGUACUACCAAUACUGUGGCUGGUUCUGAAAACGGUAAACCUAUGGACACUAUAAGCGCGUCCGUACCAAAAGAUAAUGUUAUAGCAUCAGGCACUGAAACUAGUACUCCACAGGUAAUUCCACCUACUAGAAAAUCGUGCUCAACACCGCGCCGUACUUCUCAUGUUAGAGUUUUAGAUUUCACUACCCCAAGACGGAUACUACAUGAGACAAUUAAUGAGGUCCAGACAUCUAAUGAUGCUGAAAUUGUAUUAAGUAAAAGUCCCAAUAUCAUUGUGAAUAAUACUGUAACAAAGAACGACAAAUGUUCCAAAGUAAAAGUUGUUGGCCCUUGUGGUGACUGCAGGCAAAUAAAAUAUAAAGAAAACAAUAAAAGUAAUCCAGAAACAAGCAAAAAGAACUGGGAUUCGGAUUUACGUGCUCUUAUUGCAGGACAGCCGAGUGUUUCUACAAAUAAAAAAGUAUCUGUUGAAAGAAAAAAAGCUUCCAAAAAGAAGAAGGUUGAUAAGGAGUCUAAAAAAGAAGACGACGGUAAGAAUAGUUCUCCCAAAAAAAAGGUUUCUAAAACUAAGAAAAUCAGUACACGAAAAACCAACAAAAUCAUAGUUUCAGCUACUGAGGAACCAGAGAAGAACUCCGAAAAUCAAAACGUCGAUAUUCCCAUAAAACCAACCAUAAAUAUUAUAUCGGGCCAUGAUUGGGAGGCCUCACACCAAGAAACUGAAAAAGUACACAAAUCCAAUAGCGACGAACAGGAUACCCCAGAAUUGGAACGAAUUUCUUUGGAAAAAGUAAUGGGUGCUCGACUUAAUAUAUCCGACUUACUAGAGACUCCUUAUAAGCAAGCUUUGUAUGACAUACAAAUGGAAACACCCAGAUUCCUAGGCCCCGAUUUACCAGAUGAGCCAAUGUCCGAUAUUAAAAUAAUGAAUAUACCUACUCCUCGUUUUUUAAACACUUCUAAAGGUGGGCAGGCAACACCGUCUUCAUACUGCUCUCGGCCAACUGACUAUUCAAGUGGCGGAUCUUAUUAUAAACCUGACGACCAAGACUACAUGCCUCUACCUGAGCAUAUAGGAUGUUCUAUAUCUACGUCAAAGGAUAAUGUGGAGAAUAAAUCGGUCGCAGAAGCUGAUGAGGAACAAAAAGAAAAAAAUAAUACAAUGAAAUCCUCUCGACCUGUUAGACAGUGUGCCAAAAAUGUAACUUAUUUCAAUCAUAACGUAAAUAAAACAAAAGAUGAAAACAAUAAAGCAUUAAAUGAUACAAUUGAAGAAGAAUUGACGAGCGAAGCAUCGUUCUUGCAAAACUCACCUGAACCAAAAAUAGCCAAGGAAGAAAUAUCAAAAAAGAAAGAAGGUACACCUAAAGUAAGACCUAAAUGUGAUAAACCAAAAAGUCAACGAUCAGCAUCAAAGAAAAAUAAGUCUCCGAAAAAAGAGGUAUCUAAAUCGUUUAUGAAGAUAAGACCUAGAAGGUCUACACCUAUAAAAGAUGUUAAAGGAUCUAAGAGAAGAUCGUCUGAAGGGCGAGCUCCCAAAUCGCAGACUAAGAAACGAACAACAAGCAAAGAAAGAAAUAUUAAUAGUUCACCUGCUGCAGCGAUACCCACAAAAUCGCGGAGAAAAUCUUCUAUUCCAAGAAAGCUACUUUGUCCAAACAAUUCGGAGAGUUCUGGCCAUGAUUCCCCAGAUUUGAUUAAGAAACAGAAAGAAAUUGACGCCCUUCAUAAGGCACAUUUACAAUCUGCACAUGAUUCUGAUACGGAACAACUUAAACUUCGAUGGUCUGAUGAUGGAUCCCAAGACGGAAAGUUUAAAGGAUUUAAUGAUAAUCUGACAAACGAUAGUGAUGACAUAAGUAAAAUACAAGAAUAUAUCAAAACUACUGUAUGUAGCAAACCAGUUGUCAGCGAAAGUGGUUGUAGUUUACAAAUUGAUUUAGUAAAAAGGGGAUUUGAUCUCGAAACAGCUAAAAAAAUUGAGCGUGAUUUGCUCGAUACGCCACCACGCAAUAAACCAGAUACUUUUGUACCUAAAUCUUUUGAAAAUGAACCAAAUUGUGAAGAAACUAAUUUAGAGAAAACAAUAGAGUCAGAAAGUAGCAUUUGUAAUAAUUUACAAAUUGUUCAAGACGAAGUAGAGCCGGAUGACGAGGAAGAAGAAAUAGAAUUAUCUGUUGUUGAGUGUAAUGAAGACACAAACAAUUAUUUUACAUGUUUCCAUGACGGGAAUAAGGAAGCCACUACUUCUGUAAAACUUAAAGAUAAAUUUUGUAUGGAAGUAUGUAUGGAAGAUGGUGUACCUAUUAGAUUAAGAGCAACUCCUUUUAUAACGCUUUAUGAUUUCGAGUAUGGAAAUGAAAAACUUAACGAUACUCAAGAUAUAGAAGAGACCCGAAGAGCUGUAUCGUCUAUAAAAUUUCAAACACCCUCAAAAGAAGCAGCAAUGAAAGCACAAUGUUUCGAGAUAUUUGAUUCAACUUUGACAAGCUUGGAUACGCCAUUAAAAGUUAAUACUCCGAGAAUAUCUGAGACUGAAGUGACAGUUACCCAAAUUGUUUUAGAAGUAGAAAAAGUUGAGGUUAAAGAAAAGGCUGAGAUCAAGAAACGGAAGAGAUUACAAAGUGGAAAUACGUCUGAUGACUCUGUGACUGACAGUAAGAAAUCUAAAACUGAAGCACAGUUAUUGUUAAAUUCAGCGACAUUCCAGAAUAUGGAUAUAGAGACUGUAUUAAGUAAACUGCACGGUCCUUAGCAGACUGUAGGUGUUAAACUUGUAGUUAUUUUAUUAAUAAUGAUCUAUGAAAAUAUAUUUCAUGUGGAAUGAGUAACGCUUAUAGAUGUGCAACAGGGCUAGCACUGUUAUCAUGUAACAUCCGUUUUAAAAACUAACUUGUGUAUAUAAAAAUAAAAAACAUUUUUGCGUGAAUGAAUGAUUGAUUUUGUAUUAAAAUCACAAAAAAACUGUACAUAAAUAUUGUGGAUAGGCUUAUAUACUUGGGAUUCCCCUUUAAGCCGAUGGGCUAGCAACCUGUCACUAUUUUAAUAGCUGAACGUGGCAUUUCAUCUUUGGAUGACUGUUGGUUCUCUCUACCCCGCGAGGGAUAUACCUAGGCGUGAUUACAUGUUAUGUUAUGUCAUAAAUAUUGUCGAUGUAAUUGUAUCGUUCUCUUUUCAUGCGUGUUGGUUAAGUCCGGACCUCAAAGACCUACUACUAUAGACAGCAUGUAGGCAAGUAUGUAUAUGAUUUUGUAAAUGUAGAAAUUUUGUUGAUUGAAGAUAACCACUACAUAGGUAUAGGCACUUACAAACGACGGUUACAAGGGAACUUACAAACAAAGACGACAAUCUUGUAUUAAAAAAAAACGAUUAAGCAGUUAAUUUAAUCUUGUUUAAAUCUGUUGAUUUAUAAUUUAAACAAAUACCUAAUAAACUUACUAUUAUUUCCUGUAUGUAUACGUACUUGUCAAUGCCCUUGUUAUGUAAUUUUGAAAAGCGAUAUUAUUUUUCGUGAUGUGGUUAAAGAAUUACUUUUUAAAGUAUGCGCACAUUACGUCGUGGACUGUUGUAUCAGAAUUUGCUUACACAUAGUGUUCAUUGAACUCUUGCUGGGGCUCAGCGUUCCAGAUAUUGCUUGGCAAAUCUUGGUCCUGAGAUGACAAGGCCUGGCCGACCCCGCUGCGCUGCGUAUAUAUGCGACUUAGAUCAUUUAAUCUGUAGUGAUACCAUACAUACAGUCACUGAAUAUACUCCGACGAUUAUGAUUAUUGUUUACUGUACCAAUGACUUCGACAUUUUAAAGCAUUGUACAUGCGGAACUCGGUAAUUAAGCAUCCGUAUCCUGCAGCGGCGAACUGAAGGGAGCUGAUAUUUUGAAACGCAAAUGGGGGUGGUGCACUCGAUGUAGAGGUUAAAUGAUCUAAGAUAUGUGAUGUGAGUUCAGAAUUCGUCAAAAUUACGAUCGUCGGCCCUACGUUUCCAGUUUCGACUAGUGUAGGUGAAAAAGGUACCUUAUUCUUUUUAAACAUGUAUAAAUUUGUGUAAGAUACAUGCCACGAAUAUGUCAACCAUUGAUUUUGUAAAUAACUACUGCCUGUUAGAACUGAACUGAAGCGAAAGAAGUGUGCAGGGAUCGUGGCAAGUGGAGUGUGGUCUCUGCCUACCCCUCCGGGAAAGAGGCGUGAUUUAUGUAUGUAUGUAUGUUAGA